AGUAGGAUUGGUAACGAGUAAUUUUUUUCUGUUCCUUGUGUUGAGUAAAGAAAAUACAUACUGACUCAACAGGCUACCCAUCUCUAAUUUGACAGAAAAUGUCUAAACUACAGAUGUUGUGUGUGUUUUUAAAUGAUCGUUUAUCGGCGGCUGCUGUGGAUAUUUUUGGUGCAGUUGAGAAAACGGUAGUGGAGUACCAGGAGGAGAAUGAUCGGCUACGGAGACUGCUGCGGAGGACACCAGAGAUACAACUAUGUAGAAUAGAACCCGUGCAGCUCUCUGUCUCUGAAGAGGAGGUUCCCCCUGAGCAACAGCACUGUGAGCAGGAGUGGAGCCCCAGUCUGGGGCAGAAGGACCCAGAGACCAAACAGAUUAAAGAGGAACAGGAGGAAGUCAGGACCAGUCAGGAGGAAGAGCAGCUUCAAGGGGUGGAGCCUGAUAUCAUAGAGUUCAUAUAUACUCCUCCUUGUGUGAAAAGUGAAUGUGAUCAGGAGAACCCAUGUCAAGAUCCCAUACUUGCUGAACACCCAACUCUCCUGAAAAUGUCUAAACUACAGUCGUUUCAAGAGUUUUUAAAUGAGCGUUUAACGGCGUUUGCUGCUGUGGAGAUUUCCGGGGAAUUUGCGAAAGCAGUAUCAGAGUACCAGGAGGAGAAUGAUCGGCUACGGAGACUGCUGCGGAUCACACCAGAGAUACAACUAUGUAGAAUAGGUUUGUAUGUACAGAAACUGAAAGACUCCCUGCAGCUCUCUGAAGAGGAGGUUCCCCCUGAGCAGCAGCACUGUGAGCAGGAGUGGAGCCCCAGUCUGGGGCAGGAGGACCCAGAGCCCACACAGAUUAAAGAGGAACUCGGGACCAAUCAGGAGGAAGAGCAGCUUCAAGGGCUCUUUGAUACCAAAGACUCCAUAUUCACUCCUUCCUGUGUAAAAAGUGAAUGUGAUCAGGAGGACCCACUUCAGUCCUUGACUCUUCCCCAAACCCAGACUGUGGAGAACAGAGAGAGUCAUUCUAAACCAGUGGAUCCCAAGCCUUUGUCUAAGCACAUGAGGAUUCACACAGGAGAGAAACCAUUUAUCUGUGGUGACUGUGGGAAGAGCUUUAUUCGCAAGGCGCACCUAACCAGGCAUAAACUGACUCACACAGGAGAGAAACCAUUCAGCUGUGGUGACUGUGGGAAGAGCUUCCGUCUCAAAGGGAACCUAACCACUCAUAAACUGACUCACACCAGAGAGAAAUCAUUUAGCUGUGGUGACUGUGGGAAGAGCUUCCGUCUCAAAGGGAACCUAACCACUCAUAAACUGACUCACACAGGAGAGAAACCAUUUAGUUGUGGUGACUGUGGGAAAAGCUUCAAUCGUAAGGUGAGCCUAACUGAACAUAAACUGACUCACACAGGAGAAAAACCAUUUAGCUGUGGUGACUGCGGGAAAAGCUUCAUUCGGAAGGUGCAUCUAACUGAACAUCAACUGACUCACACAGGAGAGAAACCAUUCACCUGUGAUGACUGUGGGAAAAGAUUUAUUCAGAAGAGGGACCUAAGGAGACAUAUACUGAUUCACACAGGAGAGAAACCAUUCACCUGUGGUGAAUGUGGGAAAAGCUUCAAUCGGAAGGGGCACCUAACCAUGCAUAAACUGACUCACACAGGAGAGAAACCAUUCACCUGUGUUGACUGUGGGAAAAGCUUCAAUCGGAAGGGGCACCUAACCAUGCAUAAACUGACUCACACAGGAGAGAAACCAUUCACCUGUGGUGACUGUGGGAAGAGCUUUAUUCAGAGGAGGGACCUAAGGAGGCAUAUACUGAUUCACACAGGAGAGAAACUAUUUAGCUGUGUUGACUGAGGGAAAAACUUCAAUCAGAAACAACAUGGCUGCUUAGUCUGAUAAUAUAUUCAUUUAGAAGACUAAUCUGCUAACACGUGAAAAACAUCCACGCAGACUGUAAAUGAGGACACAGAAAGGAGACUAAGAGUAUUGAGAUACACCCAAGAUCCCCUGUGGACCAACUCUAACUAGUCCUCCUGAUCCUGCACAGUCCAAUGUGACAGUAAUUAUAUAAUGGGACUGUUGUCUGAACCUAACAGGUAAUGUUGCUGCACUUUGUGUAUGAAAUGGACAAUCUGCAGUUCAGACAACCACCACUUUUUAGGUGAACAACAGAGGGAUGGUGUUGGAGAGGUGUGAACACUCACUGUCGUAGUCCGACAUGGAUACAAGAUGUCCAGAUCAGAUGCUGGUUGCCCAAUAGGCGGCCCGUGGGGGAUUUAUUUGGCCCCCAAGUUUUCUGAGCAAAACAAGAUAAUAUAUAGAAUUUUAUUUUUUUGGUUCGUUGGAUAUUUAUUUUAUUAAGUGCCAGUAGAAGGCACUCUUUCCUCUGGUCUAAAAACAUAUCCCAAUGCCCCAGGGCAGUGAUUGGGGACACUGCCCUGUGUAGGGUUCCGUCUUUCGGAUGGGACGUUAAGCAGGUGUCCUGACUCUCUGAGG